CAGGGAAGAAUGGCCUCAGGCAAUGGCUCUUCAGUGACUGAGUUUGUCUUGCUGGGUUUGACACAACAGCCAGAGCUCCAGCUGCCUCUCUUCUUCCUCUUCUUGGGAAUCUAUGUGGUCUCCAUGCUGGGGAACCUGGGCUUGAUUGUUCAGAUUUAUCUCAAUCCUCACCUUCAUACUCCCAUGUAUUACUUUCUCUUCCACCUAUCCUUCAUCGAUCUCUGCUACUCCUCUGUCGUAACUCCUAGAGUGUUGAUGGGUUUUGUAAAUCAGAACAUCAUCUCUUAUGCUGAGUGCAUGGCUCAGCUCUUUUUCUUUGCUUUCUUUGUAAUUGACGAAUGCUAUAUUUUGACAUCAAUGGCCUAUGACAGAUAUGUGGCCAUCUGUAAGCCCCUGCUGUACAAGGUCAUCAUGUCCCAACAGGUCUGCCUCAUGAUGACAGCGGGUGUGUAUGCAAUGGGCUUCUUGGGUGCCAUGGCCCAUACUGUGUGCAUGCUUAGACUCACGUUCUGUGACAGUAAUGUCAUUAAUCAUUAUCUAUGUGAAAUACCUCCUCUCUUGCAGCUCUCUUGCACAAGUACUUCCAUCAAUGAAAUGGUUGUCUUCAUUGUGGUGGGUGUCAAUAUAACAGUGGCUAGUCUCACCAUCUUCAUGUCAUAUACCUUUAUCCUCUCCAAUAUCUGCUCUAUCCAAUCUGCCAGGGGCAGGUCCAAAGCCUUCAGUACCUGCAGUUCUCACAUAAUUGCCACUUCUCUUUUUUAUGGAGCUUCAGCAUUCAUGUACCUUAAGCCUUCUACUAUAUCUCUGGAUCAAGAUAAAGUAUCUUCAAUUUUUUAUACAUUUUUGGGACCAAUGAUGAACCCUUUUAUCUACAGUCUGAAAAACAAAGAUGUCCACACUGCACUGAGAAAGACUUUGGAUAAAAGGGUGCUCUGCUAA